AUGUCUAUGAAGAAGACUGCCGAGGGCCACGAGUAUAAGGUUGGUGGUGGUAUAUCCAAUGGCUUGCCAUGCAACGGAGUAAUCACGCCAGCGAGCAACUCGGCUCAGGUUACAUCCAAGACGUUCGACACCAUCAUUAUUGGUGCUGGAUUUGCUGGUUUGACAGCUGUCCGCGACCUCACUUUAUCAGGAAAGCUCUGCCAUCAUGUUCUGCUCCUCGAGGGACGUGAUCGUAUCGGAGGCAGGACAUGGACAUCAAAUGUUGAUGGCCAUCUCUACGAGAUGGGAGGAACAUGGAUUCACUGGGAGCAGCCUCACGUCUACCGUGAAAUGGCUCGCUACAACCUUCACCGGGACUUUGUUGUCACUGGUGAUGUGCCCAACCAGCCACGCUCCGUCUUGGUGGAUGAUGAUGGCGAGAAGCAACACCUGUCACUGGAGACAUUUAUCUGCAUUCUCAAGGGUUUGAUUGAGGGAAUCGUCGGCAAUGAGGACUUCGACAAUGUAGGCUUCUUUGAUGUGCUCCGAUGGUGGGCUCUGAGCGGCUACUCAACCUCUGGCCUGUACGAGUUCACAGAAGUAUACAAGAUCAAAGAGGGCCAGACGCACUUCGCCCUGCAGUUCUUUAAGGAGGCUGUCCAGUCGCAGAGACUCUCUUAUAUCUUCAAAACACGCGUCGAGUCAGUAUCCGACAAGAACGGUUCCGUGACGGUGACAUUGAGGGAUGGACGCCAAUUCCGCGGCCGCCUCCUCAUAUCGACAGUCCCCCUCAACGUUCUCCGAGAAGUCAAGUUUGACCCUUCCCUGAGCGCUACUAGAGAUGAAGCAGCACGCAUUGGCCAGGUUCACAACGGAGCUAAGAUUCACUUCAAGAUUGGCGCCUCAGAGACUCGUCCCUUGUCUGUCUUGCGCUAUCCAAAGGCCAGAAUGGUGACCACACUGGGUGACGGUCGCACCAAAAGUAACGGCAGCCGUCACAUGGUUGCAUUUGGGAGAAAUGAUGCUUCGUUGAGCACAGAAGACGAUGCCAAGUCAUUCUAUGAUGAGGCACGCGAGGCCUACCCCGGUAUGCCAGUUGAAAAAGUGCUCUGGCACGAUUGGAGCCGUGACGAAUUGGCCAAAGGCGGUUGGUGCAUGUAUCGUCCUGACUUUGCCUUCCGAUAUCAGGACGCAUUGAGGAGGAGGGCCGGCAACGUUCUGUUUGCCAAUGCAGAUUGGGCAUUGGGCUGGCGUGGGUUUAUCGACGGUGCCAUUGAGGAGGGGACUAGGGCUGCGUUUGAAGUUAAGAACGAGCUGAUGUCCCCCCAUGUUACUAAGGCGAGCCUGUAG